GAACAGCUGCUGCAGCAGCCAAUGGAUGACAAUCAGAGAGAGAAAAUGCAACUGGAGCUGCUGCUCUUACAGACAAGAUACAAUAGUGUUAAGGAACUCCAAAUGGUUAGGAGAAGACAAGAAAGUAAGCUGUCUCCAGCUACUGCUCAGCAUGAACAGGAGGAUCGCUUAUUCUCCUGGAUGAAUGAGACUGAGCAUCGCCUUUCUGGCCUUCAGGAUGCAGAGGAUGAGAAGAAACUUCAGGAUAACACUGAACCUCAUCUGGAUGUCAGCAAUAUCUCUACAGGAUUCAUGCCUUCAUUUCUUCCCUCUGAUUACUUAGUUGAGAUAAACAAAGUCUUGCUUUCCAUAGCAGAUACUGAGCUUUUGCUUAAUGCACCUGAGCUGAGCAGUGGAGAAUAUGAGAAUUUCAAUGUACAGGAAGAACUACUGACGGACAUAAAAGAUUCUCUGGAUAAGCUGGGAGAGCAAAUUGCAGCUAUUCAUGAAAAACAGCCAGAUGUAAUUUUGGAAGCAUCAGGGCCUGAAGCCAUACAAAUAGGAGAUUCUCUCACCCAGGUGAAUGCAGAGUGGGAUAGAAUCAAUAGAUUGUACAGUGAUCGC